AUGGACGUGAAAGCGCCGUCCGAGGUGGUUGUUCUGCCACGAGAAGACGGCGUCGUGGGGGAUGGCAACCCCGCCAGCGGCACCAUCCAUACCGCCAGGGAGCCAACCACGGCACUCUUUGCCACGCAGCUUCACCUCCCAGCGUCACCAUUCCAGACCUCACCUCCCAGCGUCACCAUUCCGAAUCCCACCUGUUCCCUUUCCGCCGCGUCGACGAGCAAGGUCAAACGAGGACGAGAGCGGGCCGGAGAAGAGACGUCCACGGACCGAUUCGCCGACGCCGACGCCGACGCAGGCGGGAUGGAGGUGACGAAUCCACGACGCAUCCUCGCCGUCAGCCUCGAGCACCAUGCCGAGCAUCUGAGCAACGUGGUCCAAGCGCUCGCCGGCUCCCCCCCUUCGCCAGCGUCGACGUCCCUCGCCGGCACGACGCACAGCCUCGCCCUCCGGACGCCGUACUACAGGGCCGACGUGCCCGUCUGGCUCGACCUCGUCGGCUCGCCGGCCGCGUGGGCCGCGUCGUUCCUCUCCGACGAGGCACGCGAGGUCCUCGCCGUCCUUGGCGGCCUCGUCCUCGUCUUCCCGCUGCCCCGCACGGGCCCGGAGACGACGACGACGCGCGAGCUCAUCGGCCAGGUCGGUUCCGUCGUCCGCGACGGGCUCGGCGGCUGGGAGUGGGACGGCGUGCGCCUCGCCGUCGGCCUCGGCGGGGCCGACGACACGGACGAGUGGGACGGCCUGUGCGUCGAGGCCGGCAUGGAGUUUGUCCACGUCUCCUCGGCCGUCCCGAGGGCGUCGACGGGGGACAAGGGCGCGCGGAACGAGUUUGGCGAAAAGGUGGGCGUCGAGAGGCUGAGGGAGGCGCUCGAGAGCAACGACUGGGCCCAGGACGACGACGACGACGCCCUCGUCUCCUCCGACGACUUUGGCGACUUUCACGUCGGACGGGACGACGGCGGGUCGCCCGAGGGGGACGAGGAGGGCGCGGAGCUGAAGCCCGAGGAUCUCGACUUUGGCUUCGACAGAGCCGACUGGCAAGGCCUCAAGAAGGCGAUAUGGACCGAAGCUCGCCAUCGUGCCGCCUGCGACGCCGACGCCGACACGGACGCCGCCGCGACGGAGGAGGACGGGAUGCCGACGCGGCCAAAGGCGACGGGAUUGGACGACGACAACGACGACGAGGUGGCCAAGGUCGAAGGCAUGAUGAGGCGCCUGCAGGCGGUGCGGGAUUCGAGCGCCGGCCUGGGCGAAUCGCAACGGAGGAGGAUGGCGGUGCGCGCCGUGGCCGAGGUGAUGCGGGAGCUAUGA